AUGAGGGAGGGAAGACUUCACUCGCGAAGACUUCACCCACUAUUUCUGCUUGCACUCUUGACCUCCCAUGACACUUCCUACUGUCUCUCUCCCUCACAUCACAUUCACAGACUCGGAGAAAAGUGGGUAUUAGCUGCAUGAUCAUCAUGAAUAGGAGAAUUGUCCAGGAAAUUUUGCCCGUAAUUGUGAUAGGAUUUCUUAAUGACUGGCUACUCCGUGUAUUCAUUUUAAUCAGCCUCUUCUCACAAAUAGAGCUCCUCCUCCUGGGCAACAGGAGAAAAUAUACACCAGGAAACUGGCUUAGAUCCAUCAUUUGGCAAGCUUACGCAACCAAAGAUGCGAUAAUUGAUAUUUCUAUUGGCGUACUCUUCAAGUGCCAAGGAACUAGUGAAGAUAACUCAUCACAACAAAACGACAUGAUAAAGGCAUUUCUGCUACUGCACCUUGGAGGCCCGGACACCAUCACAGCCUAUUCUUUGGAAGACAAUGAAUUAUGGAGAAGACAAUUGAUUCAGCUAUUCCUGAAGUCUCUGUGUGCAUCGAGCAUCCUUUUUAGGUCCUGGAAGGGCACACCACUCAAUAUUCUAACCAUGCUAAUGUUUGUGCCAGGACUGAUCAAGUAUGGGGAGAAAACUUGGUUUCUAAGGUCUGGAAGCAACGAUCAUCUUAGAGAUUCCAUAAUCCGUCAUCGAGACCCAGGGCUCACUGACUCAACGCCCCUGUCCACCUCGAGCGGGAGCCCCUCGAGCGGGAGCCCCUCGAGCGGGAGCCCCUCCACCGGGUGCCCCUCGACCGGGUGCCCCUCGACCGGGUGUCCCUUGACCGGGUGCCCCUGGUCCCCCCCGACUGGUUGCCCCCGAUACCCCAGGGUCCCCCUCGAUAGGGGGCCCAGCUGUGCGUGUGCCACAUUCAUGGCAGGGUGUAAUGGGCUUUGUUGUGCUGCAUUCAUGGCAGAGUAUGAUGGGGUCAGUUAUGCCGCAUUCAGGGCAGAGUGUGAUUGCAAGAAAGCUGAGACAUAUUUUGUUUCAUGCCAACCCGAAAGUGAAACUUCUGAGGUGGUGAAUACACCUUCGCCAGACCCCAGAAACAAAAGUAUCCCAGUUGCAGCCCCUUUGCAAAAGGCUAUUGAAUUCUUCCCCAAGUUCAAGCGUUUAUUUACAGAUGUCGUCCUUGAGCCGACAGAUCUUGAACAAAGCAAGUCCUUCUUCAAGAAUAUACCUUGGACAGAAGCUUUCGAAGUGAUUGAGAUUGAGCUUGGAUUCAUGUAUGAUGUCUUCUAUACCAAGCGAAUGGUGGCUUAUGAUGAAUGGGGUUUGGUACGCCGUUUCAUCUGUCUAUUUUCAGAAAUCUCAACAUUCAUGGUCUUCUUGACAAUUGACAAGCACGAGUACUCAAAUAUUGACGUGAUUAUAACAUGGUUGUUGCUGGUUGGAGCAAUUGUUCAGGAGAUCUAUUCUAUUAUUCUACUGUGUUCCUCUGACUGGACCAUGAGUUGGUUGAGCAAACAAGACAAAACACGAGUGACGCCUCUCAUUUGUGAUGCCAUAUCUAGUAGCCGACUACCUUUUCUAUUCCCUGCAAACAAGAGAUGGUCUGAUUCCAUGGCACAGUACAGUCUGAUAAGUUACAGCCUCAAAAAAUAUCCUAUCAAGUUCUUUUGCAUUUCUCAGAUGUUGGAGGAGCUCAGUGAGGUCUGGAAUUUCUUCUGCAUUUGUCCGAAGUUGGAGUGUUCUUCUAAGAAUUCAAAUGUUGUCCCCAAAUAUUUGAAAAUUUUGAUCUUUGAACAGCUUAUGGAGAAAUCCACAAUUGCCUACAUUGAGGCACCCAAGCAAUUAUGUGCUCGCAGAGGAGAUUGGACACUUGAAAAGAUGAACUGUUCCUCUAGAUUAGGUUGGAGCACUGGGGGAGAUUUCGACAAGAGCAUUCUCCUCUGGCACCUAGCAACUGAUCUCUGCUACCAUACUGAUCUAAACAAAAAAUCAAGCCCUGCCGAGAACUCAAACCGUAAAGCAAGCAAGCUGCUAUCAGAUUAUAUGGUGUAUCUUCUGGUCAAGCACCCCGUUAUGUUGCCUGAUGGAAUUGGACAAAUCCGAUUUCAAGACAGCUGUUCUGAGGCCACAGAGAUUUUUCAGUGUGUAAAAGAUAGAAUCCAAGCUUGUAAAAGGUUAUUUCUUCAACCACCAUUGAAAGUGAAAGGAGAUAGAAGCAAGUCAGUGUUAUCCGAUGCCUGUAGGCUGGCCAAGUCUUUGCAAUCCCUGGAGACAGAAGAGGAAUGGAAUUGUGAAAAGAAAUGGGAGUUGAUGAGUCAUGUGUGGGUAGAGAUGCUAUGUUAUGCUGCAUUUCACUGUCCACGGAAUGAACAUGCCAAGGAGCUAACGCAAGGUGGAGAGCUGCUCACUCAUGUCUGGCUUCUCAUGGCUCAUUUUGGUAUUACUGAACAUGUAUACCAGGAUUAGGCUGGUUGUGAAUUAGGAAUGCUGAUGACAAAGAGGUUGGGUCGAUUUUCUCCAUUUCCAUGGAGAUU